GCAUUAGGAUGUGACACCGUGACCUUCCUCCAGGAAGUCUGGAGGAAAACACAUGUCGGGACGACUAUUUUUCAUUUCAUGUGACUUAACAGGAUGAACAUGCUUUUUGUAACAUUUUUAUGAAACAAGGAUGGGAGAAUAAUUCCCGUGGAUGAUAUUUAUUGGCUCUCAGGAGUCUUCUGUGAAGAAAGGGACUUUUAACGUUUCUUCAAAGGGACUGAUUUUUUUGUAUGACAAUGUUGCGGCAUGUCUCUACCAGAUGCUGUAAUUUGCUUCUGAAAAGGACAUUCUUGACAUCCACGAACAAACAGGUCUUUGAUGUCAGGCCGUACAGACAGUCCAUCCUUGUUGGUCAUUACUGUACAGGUAACCCUUUGACAAAAGAUGGCCUUGGCAUUAAAGAGGAUCUGUCUGAGGAGAAAGAAGCUCUAGAUCUGGACAAAUGGAAGUCUGUGAUGAGAUCCAGGGCUGCAUUCCAGGAGCAAAAACUCCCCCGCGAAGUGGAAACAAGUGAGGGUGAUGGUGACCUGGAGGAUGCAGGUGAUGAUGUGAAGGGCACUUCCUCGUUGGAGGCAACUCGGGAACUGGUUUCUAUGUGGCGUCUAGCUGGGAAGCUUGUACCUCAGGAAAUGAGCGAGGAUGAGGUACGGACGCUGGCAGAGCUCACCACCAAGUCCGCCAGGAAAAAGUACCUGAAGUACCUGGCUAUCAAGGAGGGCCACAAAGUGUCCCGCCAGGAGAAACAGCAGAAGAAGAAGGCGGACAGAGAGGCCUCGAUGAGGGAGAGCAAGGAACUGGGCGGCGGUGCGGAGGAGGCAGCCGAUCACGAUGGACCCAAAUUGAAAAACACAAUGUUCCUGCAGUUCUGGGACCGCUCCCUAGACAAACUGCUGGCCUGGAGAACGGCGCAGGCGAUGCUCUUCGGUCAACCGAUCGUGUUCGACAUGAGCUACGAGGCCAACAUGUCCAGACGGGAGAUCGAGAACACCGUGUCCCAACUGGUGGAGGUGGAAGGAUGGAACCGGCGUGCCACGGAGCCCUUUCACCUCCACUUCUGCAACCUGCAGCCGGACAGCCUCUACAUGAAGGAGCUGCUGAAGAGAUACGGCGCGGAGACCUGGGACCGCCUGCACAUCACCGGCACCGGCCGACACUACGCGGACGUGUUCCCCGGGGAGCAGCUCGUCUACCUCACUGCCGACUCCCCCAACGUGCUCCGCAGCUUUGACCACUCCAAGGUCUACAUCAUCGGAGCCAUGGUGGACAGGUCCAUCCAGUCCGGAUUGUCGCUGGCCAACGCCAAGCGCCUGAAACUAGCGACGGCUCGCCUGCCGCUCGACGAGUUUCUUCACUGGGACGUGGGAGCCAAAAACCUGACCCUGGACCAGAUGAUUCGCAUCAUGCUGACCAUCAAAGACGGCGGCAAAUGGGAGGAAGCCUUUGAGUUUGUGCCGAAGCGCAAACACGUCGGGUUCCAUCAGCAUCGGACGAAACCAGACGUCUCGCAUCACAGAGCUGCGAAGAAGCGCGAACCGAGGGAGAAUGGCGACGUGUUGCAGAGGCCCGAGGAAAGAGACGCCGGGAAAAUCUGGAAGAACAAGACGGUUCAGAGAUCCGAUUACGACAGAGUGGCUGGACCAAACAGUAGCAGGAAAAGCUCGCCAGCUGCAACGAAAGUACGCGCGUCGUUCAAAAGCCAGAUGGAGGCGAGAAAAGGAGCAGACAAGUCCAAGACGUGGUGGCACGAUGAGUGACGACUGCAGUUAUACGGACAUGUUGUGUUAUGUGAGGCGCUGAGGAAUCUGCUGCAGUAGCCGCGUUGUUUUCACGCAGGCUGUACAAAUGACAAUAUGAUCCAUUAAAAAAAGUAGAAACUU